CUCCAUGAGUUCAAAAGGACCUCCCUGCCCAGUCGGGAAACGCAAAUGACCUUCAUUCAGGGCAAUGUGGCCUAUGUCAGUUGUAACCUGCCUCCGGACAGUCAACCGCCACCAACUGUCCACUUUUUCCACAACGGCACACUGGUUGAAAAUUCUGACAAGUACAAGCAAAUUCAUCGACCGGGCGAAAACCGAGUCAUGCUGCUAAUCUACCCUUUCAAGGAAGGUGAUGAGGGCGUUUACACCUGCAGGUUCAGGAAUCCUGUAACUGGAGAGGAGAUGCGGUCGCCGGAGACCGUCCGCCUUGGGCGUAGCGUAUCUACGCGGCCGGUGUCUGAGACCAUCCUCCUUCCUCUGGCGCCGGAGGAUAACGCGACCCACCUUGCCUCCAACCGGCAGAUUCAUGUGCGCGAGGGUGACAACGUGACCCUCUUCUGCGUCAUGCAGGCCUCCCCACCACCUCAGACGCGCACCUAUUGCCAUGCCACUGAGGACAAUAACUUCCUGGUGGAUGACAAGUUUGGUGAGUUCACCAUGUCAUUUGCGUCUCCUCUCACGUUGUUCCCCCACCCGUCCCCUACAGUCGCGGAUAUGUGA